UCGGUCUCUAGGUCACUAAAGUAUGCCCAGCAGGCAAGCACCUGGCAGCGUGGCAGGCACAGCACCGCCAGUGACUCCCAAACUUGCCAAGCCCAUGACCUUCCUUUGGCUUCCCUGCGGCGACUGUGUUGGUAAUGACAGCAACUAACCGUCCCUACAUCACCGUGACUUGUCGACUUAAGCCAUCUUCAAAGCUUCAUCCACCUUUCUUUCCAUCCCUCACCAUCACCCUCUCUGCAUCAGCUUUCUUGUUUGCGAGGAUUCUCCUGUCAACCAUCUCAUCCUUUUCCUUGUUUGUUAUCCUGCGAUCUCUUCCUCAAGACAGAUCUCGGUCUUGAACACAACUCGAAACCCGACAACCAACAUCACUAAACAACAACCGAUCUAAUUCCACCCCAACCUUCAGUUGCCGACCUCUACACAUUCAGAUAUCAUCAUGUCUGCGGCACCAGAUCACCCUCAUCCCAAGGGGAAAGUCAAUCUACAGUAAGAUCUCAUCCUCCAAGACCACAUCUUCAAUGACUGAUCAUGUUCGAUAGUGAUGCCUCUGGCGCAGAGAAGAAAGAGGUACAUUCCUCCUCGUACCCAUCCACCGAUCUGAACAGCACGCUGACCCCCGUACAGGAGCUAGAUACAUCAACUGCAAUCUUGAAGAAAAAGAAGAAGCCCAAUUCUCUGAUGUAAGUUGAUAUCUCCGAGAUAAGGCACUCUCCAGAACUGACAAUGGCUUUGCAGUGUCACCGACGCCACCAAUGAUGACAACUCAAUCAUUGCCCUCUCCAACAACACCAUGGAAACCCUCCAACUCUUCCGAGGAGAUACAGUCUUGGUCAAGGGUAAAAAGCGCAAGGAUACCGUCUUGAUCGUCUUGGCCGACGAUGAUCUUGAUGAUGGCAGCGCACGCAUCAACAGAGUCGUUAGACACAAUUUGAGAGUCAAGCAUGGCGAUAUCAUCACCGUCCAUCCUUGCACAGACAUCAAAUACGCCAAGCGCAUCGCCGUUCUUCCCAUUGCAGACACUGUCGAAGGUCUCACUGGUUCCCUCUUCGACGUUUUCCUCGCCCCAUACUUCCGAGAAGCCUACAGACCCGUCAAGCAAGGCGACCUCUUCACCGUCCGUGCGUCAAUGCGACAAGUCGAGUUCAAGGUGGUCGAAGUCGAUCCUCCAGAAUAUGGCAUUGUGGCUCAAGAUACAGUCAUCCAUUGCGAGGGUGACCCCAUCCAGCGAGAAGAUGAAGAGGGAAAUCUCAAUGAAGUUGGUUACGAUGACAUUGGUGGCUGCAGAAAACAAAUGGCACAAAUCCGAGAGUUGGUCGAGCUGCCCCUCCGACACCCUCAACUCUUCAAGUCUAUUGGUAUCAAACCUCCACGAGGUAUCCUCAUGUUUGGUCCCCCUGGUACCGGUAAGACCUUGAUGGCGAGAGCAGUGGCCAACGAAACCGGUGCCUUCUUCUUCCUCAUCAACGGUCCUGAGAUCAUGUCCAAGAUGGCUGGUGAAUCAGAGUCCAACCUGCGCAAGGCCUUUGAAGAGGCAGAAAAGAACUCGCCCGCCAUCAUCUUCAUUGACGAAAUUGAUUCCAUUGCACCCAAGCGAGAGAAGACCAAUGGCGAGGUCGAACGAAGAGUCGUGUCACAACUCCUUACCCUCAUGGACGGCAUGAAGGCUCGUUCCAAUGUCGUGGUCAUGGCCGCCACUAACCGACCCAACUCGAUCGACCCUGCCCUCCGACGAUUCGGACGAUUCGACCGAGAAGUUGAUAUUGGCAUUCCCGACCCAACUGGCCGACUGGAAAUUCUACAAAUCCACACCAAGAACAUGAAGCUUGGUGAGGAUGUUGAUCUCGAAUCAAUUGCCGCCGAGACCCACGGCUAUGUUGGUUCCGACAUUGCCUCGCUCUGCUCUGAGGCUGCAAUGCAACAGAUUCGUGAAAAGAUGGAUCUCAUCGAUCUCGACGAAGACACCAUCGAUGCCGAAGUUCUCGACUCCCUCGGUGUCACCAUGGAGAAUUUCCGUUUCGCCCUCGGCGUGUCCAACCCUUCAGCCCUCCGAGAAGUUGCCGUGGUCGAAGUUCCCAACGUUCGCUGGGACGACAUCGGUGGUCUGGAAGGCGUCAAGCGCGAACUCAUCGAAUCCGUCCAGUAUCCCGUCGACCAUCCAGAGAAGUUCCUCAAGUUUGGUCUCUCGCCAUCUCGAGGUGUCUUGUUCUAUGGUCCUCCUGGUACUGGUAAGACUAUGUUGGCUAAGGCCGUGGCCAAUGAAUGCGCAGCCAACUUUAUCUCUGUCAAGGGCCCUGAACUUCUCAGCAUGUGGUUCGGUGAGUCUGAAAGCAACAUCCGAGAUAUUUUCGACAAGGCUCGUGCUGCCGCACCAUGCGUGGUCUUCCUGGAUGAGUUGGAUUCAAUUGCCAAAUCUCGCGGUGGAUCUAAUGGAGAUGCUGGCGGAGCAUCAGACCGUGUCGUCAACCAGCUUCUCACCGAAAUGGACGGCAUGACUUCCAAGAAAAAUGUCUUUGUUAUUGGCGCCACCAACAGACCUGAACAACUUGACAACGCACUUUGCCGACCUGGUCGUCUCGACACUCUCGUCUACGUGCCUCUUCCAGAUGAGGCUUCUCGAGCAAGCAUUCUCCGAGCACAGCUCCGUAAGACACCCGUGGCCGACGAUGUUGACAUUGACUUCAUUGCCAGCAAGACUCAUGGUUUCUCCGGUGCUGAUUUGGGCUUUGUGACCCAACGUGCUGUCAAGUUGGCCAUCAAGCAGUCGAUUGCUUACGAUAUUGAAAAGACAAAAGAGCGUGAAGCAGCUGGCGAGGAUGCUAUGGAUGCGGACGACAUUGACGAUGACCCAGUGCCCGAGCUGACCAAGGCUCAUUUCGAAGAGGCAAUGCAACUCGCCCGUCGGUCAGUCAGUGAUGUGGAGAUCCGGAGGUACGAGGCAUUUGCCCAGGCAAUGAAGCAGAGUGGUGGCAGUGCCUUCUUCAAGUUCCCUCAGGCCGGAGAAAGUGCGGAUGGAGCCAAUGCCAAUGGAUUUGGCGAUGCUGGCAACGACGAUAGUCUGUACGACUAGAUGGACUGUGCAUGAGCGAUUGGGCCAGGACAGUUUUCAAGUACCGUUAUCACGCAUAUUGCAUCCAGGUAUGAGAACCUUGGACGGGACAGCAGUUGAGAUUAGAGCGUGAGAUUGCUUUAAUCGGGUGGAUUUGUAUUCUACAUAGAGUGAAAACCAACAGAAUGCAGGCAAAAUAGAAUGCUUGAACAGUAUGUA